CUGACUUUUAUUGAACCAGAAAACCCCCCAGAAAGAAACAGCGAGUCGGGGGUCUCGCUUCAACAAAUCAACAAAUGAAAUGCAUAACUGUCUUACUAGCUUCCUAUCGAUAUCGACCUACCAUGUAAACGAAGGGUUAUAUUUUGUUUAAAGAUAAUAGCUAUGUUGCUUGUGUUAUAGCGUUAGACAGCUAUAAAGCAGAUAUCCUUCUCAAACAGUUCGCAGCAUGUUGGAAUAAUAAACGCGCGGGUAAAGGUUUAAACGUAGUUCCAGUUCCGAUGUGACCAUUGUAGCAAACUAAGACCAAAUAUAUUCUGCUAAAACUAAGCUAGCUAGCUAGGUAACUAGUUGUAGUUUUUGUUUUAUUUGUAGCUAGCUCAACAGCUUACGGGAGAUCAUAUCCAGACGCUUCAGACAAUGCUGGCUACAGGCGCAAUCCAUGCACAACUCGGGGAGUCCAACCAGUACACAUACUACCGAUGUGUCGCAAAGCUAAAUACUCGGGAGGUCUCUAGUUUACACAGCCCAAACAGGAUGGGUAUAAUUUGUCGAACGUUCCAACAGGAAUUUGUUCCUGAAACUUCGUAAAGUAACGUUACAAGCUACGCAUACAAAGUAGUAUGAUCAAUUCACCUAGCUAAGUAGCUGCCGAAUAGUGAUCAACUCAACACGUAGCUUAUUCUUAAUGUUUGUCCAUAGGCUACCAGAGUGAGGACAGACAUUUUUCGGAAUAAACGUGGCUGCAACCACAGCCCUGGUUCAGGUGGAUCGGGAGAAGAUCUACCAGUGGAUCAACGAGCUGUCUACCCCCGAGACCAGGGAGAAUGCCCUCCUGGAGCUCAGCAAGAAGAGGGAGUCUGUCCCUGACCUUGCACCCAUGCUAUGGCACUCUUGUGGAACCAUUGCUGCCCUCCUGCAGGAAAUUGUGAACAUCUACCCCUCCAUAAACCCACCAACUCUGACAGCCCACCAAUCCAAUAGAGUAUGCAAUGCCCUCGCGCUCUUACAGUGUGUCGCCUCCCAUCCAGAGACUCGGUCUGCAUUUUUGGCAGCACACAUUCCUCUCUUCCUCUACCCCUUCCUGCAUACUGUGAGCAAGACACGCCCAUUUGAGUACCUGCGCCUCACCAGCUUAGGAGUCAUAGGUGCUCUGGUCAAAACAGACGAACAGGAGGUGAUUAAUUUCCUGCUCACCACAGAGAUCAUCCCUCUAUGCCUGCGCAUCAUGGAGUCAGGCAGCGAACUCUCCAAAACGGUUGCUACUUUCAUACUCCAAAAAAUUCUGCUGGACGACACCGGGCUGGCGUACAUAUGCCAGACCUAUGAACGCUUCUCUCACGUGGCAAUGAUUCUUGGGAAAAUGGUGCUGCAGCUUUCGAAGGAACCAUCUGCACGUCUGCUGAAACAUGUUGUACGCUGCUACCUUCGCCUCUCUGAUAAUCCAAGAGCGCGAGAAGCACUGCGCCAGUGCCUGCCUGACCAGUUGAAGGAUGCCACAUUCGCCCAAGUGCUAAAGGACGACACCACCACCAAGCGCUGGCUGGCCCAGCUGGUCAAGAACCUGCAGGAGGGCCCGGUGACGGACGGCCGAGGCAUCCCCCUGACCACACAGUAACCUCAUCAACCCCUUUGACACUACCUGAGGAACAGUACCGUGCUGGCAGAGCCACAGAAGAAAAACAUGAUUAGUACUAAUUUUAAAGUACCCGUGUUAAUAUUUAAGAGUAAAUGUUCUAUAAGAGGUGCCGGUACUCAAGAGUAGAAAAUAAUAGGCUCCGGUACUCUAGUGGUGUGCGCCUGUCCAAUUUAACCACUGUCCAAGACCAGGAGAAGAUGAUGCUGUGUAGAACCAUAAACUCUGUGACUCACUUGUUGUUGCCGCUCACCUGGCAUUCUCCCUGAGACGUUCUCACAAUGCUUCCUCAAUGCUUAUGGAGGUGUUUGCGUAACAUUUCAACAGGGUAGAACGUUGACGUCAUUAAAAAGGAAAUCAACAUUGGUCUGGUUUUAACCUGGUGUUUCCCACUGUUUUUGUUCUGUCCUGAACCAAAACCACUACAGGCAUUUUCUAAGUGUUUUUUUUUAUAUUUGUAUAUAUGUUUUCUUUUAACCAUCUAGAGCAGGGUUCCCUGAAUUUGGCCCACGGGAGAUUUUAUUUGUCACCCCAAGGUCCUCAGAAACCCCCAAAAACGUGUAAUUUUAAUGCAUUUUCUUUUUACUGUUGUACAUAAGACUGUAAAAACACCAGUAAAUCAGCUUUAAGUGAAUUGGGAAAUCUGUUCCAAAGUAUUCCCAUGUAUAAUAGAGAUACUGUAUGUGAUGGUAUACAAAUGUAAACAAGGUUUUUAAUAAAUAUAUCUGUUUGGGCUUCUUGCA